GGUGCAGAGGGAGCAUCAGAUCUCGCCGGGAGACUUCCCGGACCUGCAUCGCAUGCAGGAGCAGCUCAAGGAUCAGGACUUCACGAAGUUUCACGCGCUGAAGCCCCGGCUGCUGGAGGCCGUCGAUCGAAUGCUCGCCGUCGACAUCGCGCAGCUGAUGGCGAUCGUGCCGAACGAGGACAACGACGUGAACGAGUUCGGAAAGCCGGUAAUUAAUUACGUCGUCAACGUCGUCUCGUUACGCAUUAGUCGCGGGUGUAAUGAGUUUACGCACGAAUUGCGUGUUUGAAUCGCCGUCGUGUCGUAGCGUUAGUCGCGAGUGUAACGUUAAAAACGUUAAUUUGCGCACGAAUUGCAGUAAUGCCUCUUUUCAAAUUGCGGAAAGCCGGUAAUUACGCCGUCGCCAUCAUCGUUGUCGUCUCGUAGCGGUAAGCUGGGUUUGCACUGUCAUGUUUCUGUUGAAAAGUUGACGAGUCCAUCAGCUUUUUAGUUAAUCAACCGAAAGUCGGCAGUGUAAACGUCAAGUUUGAGCACUCAACAAGCCGAUAGCAACUAGAUGAGAGAUUAGAACAUGUUCUAUUUUAUCAGUGGCGAGUUCGGAAAAUCGGUUACUACGUUGUCGCGUAGCGUUAGCCACGAGCGUGCGCACGAAUCACCGUAAUGCCUCGGUUUUUUUUUUAAACAGAUGAUACUCUUGUCGUGAUUUUGUUACAGGCAGAGUGCAGUAAUGCAUCGUUGUUUUUCGGUGAGACUGCUCUGUCGCGAGUUUGCGGAUGAAAUGCAAUGAUGAGUCAUCAA